AUGAACAUAAUAGGUACUCUUGACGAAAUAAGAGAAACCACAAGCUAUCUGAAAUCUGAAUUUGAGAUGAAAGAUCUUGGAAAAACUCGGUUUUGUCUAAGACUUGAGCUAGAACACCAAGCAUGUGGAAUACUGAUCCACCAGUCUGCAUAUGUCCAUAAGAUACUCAGGAAAUUCAAUAUGGACAAGGUGCACCCUGCUAGCACUCAUAUGAUUGGUCGAAGUUUAUAUGUACAAAAGGAUCCAUUUCGUCCCAAGGAAGAUGACGAAGAGGUAUUGGGAGCUGAAAUUCCAUACCUAAGUGCAAUAGGCGCAUUAUUAUACCUGAAAGGAACCAUUGACAUGGGUUUAUUCUAUCCCUAUGAAGAAGUAAGAAAGACCGCUAGUGGAAAUGCAACUCCCUACACUGAAACCCCAAAUAAUGUUUUGGUUGGUUUUGCUGAUGCUGGGUCUAUUAUUACAGACAUUCGAGGGACAUGUGGUAUGAGUUCUACCACUGAUGAGCCAACUUCCAUUUAUGAGGAUAAUGCAUCUUGCAUCGAAAAGAUGAAGCAUGAAGCAAGGUUGAAUGAUAUUGCAAGGUAUGAUCUAUUUGAUGGUUGUCUUGCUCUGUUGCUGAAGAGGUACAUUAAUACCUUCUCUUUGUUCCUGGUCUUGAUAAUAACACCUGAAAAACUAGUUGGAGAGGAGCUCCUAACAAUGGGUCAUGGUGAUGAAUGGCUAAGAGGGAUAAGUUUUAAUGUUGUGUGUCAAUGUAGAAUGAAUGAGCUGUAA